AAACCUCGCAACGUCUCUCAAUCGCCCGCCGAAAAUGGCACGGCUGCGCAAGGUCGAGCUCGCGCUCGUUCUCGUUGCCAUUCUGGCAUACUACUGCAUUGUCGAGGACGGCUCGAGCAGCAUUCUUCAGGGCGGCCGAGCGAUUGCUCGUCAAGCGAUCAGCAUUCUGCCGCCUGAAACCGCCGUCUCGGUGCGCUUCUGGCUGCACCAAGCCGAGCAGCAAGCAGCGGCGUCUCGUGCAGCACUGUUCACGCUGCUGUGGCCGAGCUCCUCGGAGGCGCUCCACGCUGCCAAUGAGCAGCUUAGCAAAGAUGUCCGCUUGACGCUUUGGUGGAUGGGUCCCGCAUUCUCGGGUGGCGGGUAUAGCAGCGAGCUCAUCUCGUUCGCCAAGUCGCUCUCGCCGUUCGUGCGAAUGCGCAUCACCCAGCACGGCGAUGCGUUCUCGUGGAGCUUUGUGGCUGGACUGCCCAAGAACGUGUCGGCGCUGCUGCACACGCUCGCGGCGACCGCGUCCCAGCCGGGCGAAUCGAUCGUUGUGUGCCACUCGGAGCCCGGCGCCUGGAAUCCCUCGCUGUAUCGCACCUCGCCCUGCCCCGUGCUCGAGCUGGAGGAGGUGAGUCGGCGCGAAGAAGUGGUGGGACCCAAGCCGAGCUAUCCGAACGAUGUAGCGCGUGUGCACGCCGAAGGUCGCAUGCGCUCUGCCUACACGAUUGGCCGCACCAUGUUUGAGGCAGACCGCAUUGUUCCCGAAUGGGUUCGGCGAUGCAAUGCCAUGGACGAGGUCUGGGUGCCGACCGGCUUCCACGUCGAGGCCUUUGCUGCAAGCGGAGUGCAUCCCGACAAGAUUGUCAAGAUUCCCGAAGCCGUGGACGUGGAGUUUUUCGACCCUUCCAAGCACCUGCCAAUGGCACUUCCGGCGGGCCAGCUGGCAGUUGGUCAGCCUAUUGAUACCGCGACUGCUACUGCUGCAGACCAUUUUGCAUUUUUAAGCGUGUUCAAGUGGGAGCCGCGAAAAGCCUGGGAUGUGCUCAUCAAAGCGUACCUGCUCGAGUUUGCCAGCAGUGCGCAUCGAGACAAGGUGGCGUUGUAUCUGCUCACCAACCCCUUCCAUGGGGAUGGCAACUUUGAGCUGCAAAUUCGCCAACUCAUCACACAAACAGGCGAUGCCGAGCUCGCUCAAGCCCCUCUCGAUCAACUGCCACCCAUAUACAUUCUAGACCAGCACGUGCCCGAGGAGCAGCUGCCCAGCUUGUACAAGGCUGUCAACUGUGUCGUCAUUCCGAGCAGGGGCGAAGGCUGGGGUCGGCCUCACGUUGAGGCCAUGGCUAUGGGCCUGCCGCUGAUUGCCACCAACUGGUCUGGGCCAACAGAGUAUCUCAACAGCAACAAUGGCUACCCGCUCGCAAUCGACGGACUGACUGUCAUUGAAAGCGGCGCGUAUCGAGGUCUCAAAUGGGCGCAGCCAUCACUGUCGCACUUGCGCUCGCUCAUGCGGCAUGUGUUUGUGGAGCGCAACGGCGAUGCGCUGCGCAAAGGCAGUCAAGCACGACGUGAUAUGAUUGCCCAUUACCGCCCCGAGCGAGUGGCGCAGGUGGUACUUGCGCGCCUUCUGCACAUUCAACGGCUGGUGGAUGACCGCAAAGCCAAGCAGCAGGAGCAACAACAACAUCAACAACAACCUGCAGACGCACUAGUACCGUAAAAAGGCAGCCCACUACACUACAUCGAUUGAACAUUUAUUUUGAAACUUGUGUGUGACAAUACAUAACAGGGAACAUCACACCACCCUUUGAACGUGA